CAACUUCAAUCAACUGUUCUGUGCAAUCAAACAUUAAAAAAAUAAUGUUGUGUUCCGUCAUUAUUAUUAUGAACUAAAAUAUUUUUAUUUUAAUUUGUGAAGCAUAUAAUUUUUAUUGAGUUAAUAAUGUUUUAAUGUUAUACGUAUUUUAUGGGCUAUUAUUUUUCAGUAGUACGUAAACCCUUGUUAAACAUGUUAGCAAAAACUGGCCUGUUGGUAUGUUCUAAUCCCAAACAAAUUGGAAAUAUUAUGGGUUCUAUCAAAAAAGAAGUAAAACAUACUCUUUAUAUACAAUUUUUGUCAGCUUUAGGUGAUCCUUUAGGAAAUUUUUGUCCAAAGACCUUUAAUACUUGGCCAAAAUUCAGUCCAACAAUUUAUGGAAUAUAUUCCCAGGCAGCAACAAAUUGCAAUGACUUAGAUGUAAGGGUUUUGCUUUCUGGUUUAAAGUACAACAUACCAAAAAUUCAAACUCAAAAACCCAUAGAUUUAAUAAUUUUUGAUAAACCCUAUUCAAGCAGUGAAAUAGACUGUUUUAUUAAUAUGAGGCUCCAAAAUCUAGCCAAAGAAUACAAUAUUAUUACAUUAAACUGUGAGGAAUUUCAAGAAGAGGAAAAGGAAAUUAUCUUAAGUGAUACAAAAGUCAAUCAUACAGUUCUGGGAGGAACUUUUGACAGAUUACAUUUGGCCCAUAAACUUCUUUUGAGUGAAGCUGCACUUAGAGCUGAUAAGACAGUUACAGUAGGCGUAACUGAAGAAAAUAUGCUCUUCUCGAAAACACUAUGGGAAUUUAUAGAAGACACUGAUUUGAGGAUAAACAAUGUUAGAGAUUUUUUGUGUGAUAUUUGUCCUGAAUUGAACUAUAACAUUGUUCCUAUAUCAGACCCAUUUGGUCCAGCUAUCACUGAUCCUACUAUGGAAUUGAUUGUAGUAAGCCAAGAAACCUUCAAAGGAGGAGAAAAAAUUAAUUUAAUCAGAAGAGAAAGAAACUUGCCUCCUUUGGAUAUUCUUCCUGUAGAAUUAGUAGAUGAACCCAAUCCGAAUCCACUUGAGGAGGCAAAGAUAAGUUCUAGCACGACAAGAAUGAGAUUAUUGGGAACAGUAUUGAAGCCGAUUCAAAAAAAUUCUAACAUUCCGAACAUACCAUACGUUAUUGGUCUUACAGGUGGUAUAGCAAGUGGCAAAUCGGGAGUUACAAAACAUAUGCAAAAUUUAGGUGCUGAAAUAAUAAAUUGCGAUUUAAUAGGCCAUGAGUGUUACAAGCCUGGAAAACUUUGUUAUAAAGAACUUGUAAAAGUAUUUGGAGAACAAAUAGUUGCAGACAAUGGUGAGAUUGACCGAAAAGUUUUAGGUACUAUAGUUUUCAAAAACAAGGAUGAUUUGGAAAAACUCAAUAAUAUUGUAUGGCCUUAUAUAGCCGCAGAAGUACAGAAUAUCAUAAAAAGUAGUCAUGCCAAAGUUAUUGUUGUUGAAGCAGCAGUGUUAUUGGUAGCUGGAUGGCAAAAUAUGUGUCAUGAGGUUUGGACCACCAUAAUUCCAAGGGAAGAAGCUGUUAAAAGAUUGAUAGAAAGAAAUUUAGCCCCGGAACAUGCAAAUAAUAGAAUAAAUGCACAACCCAACAAUAAAUAUUACAUACAACAUUCAAAUGUUGUAUUAUGUUCGCUGUGGCCUGUUGAAUAUACCAAAGAACAAGUCAAAAAAGCGUGGGAUUUAUUAUUGAAGAGAAUGCCUUCAUGAUUUUUCACGUCAAUUUUACAAACUUGUAUUUUCCUUUAUAUUUUCAAGAAGAAUCAAAGUCUGUAUGUAGUAUAAUAUAUCAUGAGAAUUUUUAGAAUUUAAUAGUUAUAUUGGGUUUAAAUAUAACAAUAUGGAGGUAUCCUUAGAAUUAAAUCUUUUUUAUAGGGAUUAUUUAUGUAUUAUAAAUCUGAAGAGCAUUUAGCUCGUUUAUUAUUGCAUUUUAAAUAUUCCUUUUGAACAAAUCUUGGUUUCUAAAAUAAAUAGGUAGUUUAGUUAAAAAAAGAAUUACUUGAAUUAUACAAUGAAAUUAUUUUUAUACUGAAAUCGAAACCGUAAAAUAUAUUUGAUUUUUAUCUGAGGUAGGUAUUGUUAAUGGAUAUUUUUACAAUUUUAUGAUAUGAUUAAAAUAAAUUGUUAAUGUUUUAUUAAAAAAAAUUUUUUCUUUAACUAUUUUAUGAAAACAGGUCCCAAAAUGCAUCACUAUCGACAGCAAACAUUUCUUACAAGGCCUAAU